ACACACUGCGCUAUUUGGGGUUAGAGACAUCGUGUACUUGUCUAUGUGUAUAUUUUCUUACAAUGUUGUUCAUUCGGUAACGAUGGAUAUUUAACAAUAACAUGGAUGUAUAUAAAUGAAUGUAGAGAGAAAACCUUGCUGUAAGUCGUCAUAAGUAAGCUAGUCUUGCAUAUAGGACACACACACACACACACAUAUAUAUAUAUAAAUUAUUAGAGGACAUUUGCCCCCUUGUUAUGGCCAGUCCAGCCCACGUGUCCAGGGUCCGAGCCCUGUAUAAGAGGAUCCUCAUGCUGCACAGAUUCAUGCCCAUUGAUCUAAGGACUCUCGGAGAUCAGUACGUGAAGGAGGAAUUCAGAAGACACAAAUCUGCAGGUCCAGAGCAAGUCCAGUACUUCAUGAAGGAAUGGGAGGACUACAAAGACACGCUACAGACGCAGGUCCUCGAGGCUGCAGGAAGUCGAAAGUUGGCGUUCGGGGCCGACCUGUCCGAGCGUCAGCUCAGAGACUUUCAGGACGAACAGAUCGGGCAGCUUUACGAGCUGAUGCUGGAGUCCACCAAACCCAAACGGCAGUUCGACGUCCAGGAAGACGGGCCACCAAAAUGAGAGACGAAACUGACUCGUAUUAUGCUUUACGUAUCGCCUGUGGACAUUAAGAAUGUUAAUUAUAUAAUUAUACAUUAUGUUAAUUGAACUAAAUGAUGUUUGUUUGUUUUUUGCCCCGAGACACAAAAAAAGCCAUGUUUCCUUCACAAGCAUGAUUAUCUUCCAGGAAAAAUUCACAGACAGUUCAACAUCUUCUCAGGAGGCGCUCACCAUUCCCCAAGCAUGCAAAUCUAAAGCGCAAAUCAAUAAUGCCUCCUUUCUUUUAAUUCGAUUAUAGAGUUGCAGAAGGAGAAAACCUUAUUAGCCAGCAAGUGAUUUUGUUGAUAUAAAGCUGACAGACCUUCAGUGUUCAGUGCGCUUUAGAUGAACUCGUCCAACAUGACAUACAGAAAAUCGGUGUGCUGUGAUAACAAGCUUGCUUCCGGUUCAGUGUCUUCUUUUUGUAAUGUAAUGUAAAAAGGAGAUACUUGAGUUCUCUUAAGUUACAAUAACAUGGAUUGUAAAGACCUUCAAUGAUGAAAAAUGUUCCACUGAAACCCACAGUAUCCUCAGAUUCCUGUUCUUGACUGACAGGAGUGCAACUCCAUGUGAUGAUCUGCUGUUGUAGAUCAUCCACUACAAGGUAUAACAUGGUUUACUGUUAUGAGAGGCUUUUCUGCUCACCACGGUUGUAAAAAGUGAUUAUUCCAGAUAUUUUAACCUUUCUGUCAUCUAGAACCAGUCUAGAACCAGUCUUCCUGUCAUCUGGCCGUCCAGCUCAGACCACUGCCAUAAACAAUGCAUUACCACAGCAAGUCAAGUAGGUUUUUAUUCUCGUUCCCCUGUGUAGCUCAUAUACCGAGUGGAACAAAAUGACCUUUCUGCAGGACCAGGGUGCAGCACAGAAGGGUACAUAAGACUGUUACAGAAACAAUUAAUACAUAGAACAAUAAACACACAAGACUAACACACAGGAUAUUAAACACACAGGACAUUAAACACAGGGCAAUAAACAAAACUAGGACAACAAACAAACGACAAUAAAAUCAACGGACUAUAAACACAUAAGACAGAAAACAUACUGGACAAUAAGCACACUGGACAAUAAACACACAAGACAAUAAACAAACUAGACAUUAAACAUCCAGGACAAUAAACACACCAGACAACAAACACACAAAACAAUAGACACCCAAGACAAUAAACACUGGACAAUAAACGCACUGGACAAUGAACAUGCAAGACAAUAAACACACAUUGGUCAACAAACAAACGACAAUAAACACACAAGACAAUAAACGCACUGGACAAUAAACAAACAGGACAAUAAAAUCAACGGACUAUAAACACAAGACAGAAAACAUACUGGACAAUAAACAAACUAGACAUUAAACAUCCAGGUCAAUAAACACAUUGGGCAAUAAACAUGCAAGACAAUAGACAUUGAACAAUAAACACAGGACAACAAACACGCAAGACAAUAGACACUGGACAAUGAACACUGGACAAUAAACACAAAAGACAAUAAAUACAUUGGACAAUAAACACAAGACAAUAAAUGCAUUGGAUGAUGAACACGCAAGACAAUAAACACACAUGGGUCAACAAACAAACUAGACAAUAAACACACAAGGCAAUAAAUACACAAGACUCUAAACAGCAGCUUUGUACACUGCAGAUCUUGUCUCAUCGAAUGUUUUUUGUUUUUCACACCAUUUCAUAUAAACUCCAGAGAUCUGUGGAAAUCAGCAGUUUUUUUUUCAGCUACACACACACACACCGGUCUGGCUCAUGUGACACCACCAACAACCAACAGAGUCACAAGUCACAGAGAGCACAUUACUGUCCUUCUAUCUAUAAACCCUAAUAUUAAAAAUGAUGGAUGAGUCUAAAAGUUAGCGCAAUAGCAGAAAAGUAAUAAACUAUCCGUAGGAGAAGAAACAAGACAAACAAAAACAAACAUAUUCGGGUUCAAGCGUCCAGAAACUGCAAAUCAAUUCCCCACAUUGUCACAGGACAUUAGAAAGCAGCGUCUCGUCUUAUUGAAGAAAAGCAGGCUGGACUCACACACCUGGGCACAACAGACAACGAUCUGACUAAUUUACAAUGACAUCCAAAUGAUUACAACUAAAACCAGUUCUUUAAAUAAAAUCUUCAGGAGGCACACAGGCUGUUCCUGGGAAUGCAGCGUACUCAACAAAUAUUCACAAAUAAUCAUUUUCUUUUAACUGGGUUGUCCUCAAUAAAAGAGAGAACGGUCGGAGCUCAGGGAGAGUUUAAAACAAUCCCAAAUAUUAGCAAAACAUUUAUAUUAA